AUGAGGAUCUCGAGGCUGAGUUUCCAGAGAGCGAUGAGGAGGUCGAGGAUAACGGUGAGCGAGGGCGCGAGCGACUCUCUGUUCAACAAAGCCAUGUUCAUCGAUUGGCGGAGAUCGCAGAUGAGGACAAGGAGAAUCACGGAGAGAGAGAAGCUAGACUGGAUGCGAGGCAUCAAGGCAACCGCCAAGCAAGAAGUGAGCAUGUGGAGCGUCCUGUACCUGUUCCAAGAUACGAUUGACAUCACAAGUUUAGAAAAAGCUCUGGGCGAGGAUUCUCAGAGACAGAAGCAGAUCAAGAAGCCUGUCGACGCUGAGACGCAAGUCUGUGAUGAAGACUGGCAUCUCGUCUCGGAGGCAUCCAGGGGUCAGAGCUUCCUGGCUCUUGUCAAACAGCCCGACAUGGCAGUCAAGCGUUGUCGGUUGGCAUGUUUGCAUGCAAGGAUGCUCCACAAGCUUCCGGAAAACACGGCUGUCAUACCGGUCGCUCAGUGCUUGAAACUUCUCCAUGAGUGGUGGUUCGUGACGGGCACCAGCGAUCCGGGAGUCGUCGGCGAAUCGGAGGUCGAGGAGGAGGAGGAAACGGAGGAGCUGAACAGAAGAGCACAAGAGAAUCGAUCGAUGUUCGAUCAGGAGAAGGCGCUACGGGUUAUCUUCCUUCCAGUUCUCUUGCCUGACGACGAGACUAAGCGCGUCUGCAGAUACAUGUUCGCACGAGCCCCAAUGCGCCUUCCCCAGAUGAAGCUGCAGAGGAUCGCAAAGCCGGGGAUGCAGGUGAAGCGGAGGCUCGAGGCGCUAGCAGGGUUGGAUGACGAUGAAGAGGAGAGUGCGGAGGAGAUGGACUUGUUCGAUCGUUCUUGA